AUGCAAGCAUGUCUUCCUAUUCAUGCCCUUUGUCGCGUCGCUCCUAGUCGAAGUCGACUCAUCAGUAAUUUCCCCAGACACUGGCAGAGGCUCUACAGUGCCCAGAAUCAUCACCGCGUUAGCGUGCGAUGCGGCUCAGCCGGCCAUGUGAACGUUGACCUCCUCAAUAUUGACGAGCAACCAAACUCUCCUCUCUUCAUUCAUCUCCCACCCUCCCCUUCAAGCGAUAGUAGCCCUGCGCCAAUCCCUAGAUUCCUUCAGGACAAACCAGUUGCAAGCAUAAACUACCGAUGGAAUUCGGUCGACUAUGAUACAGAUGAGUCCUCUGCCCCUGCCGCUGAGGACGUCUGGCCAACGCCUAUUCACGAUACCCUCUUCGCCUACAACUGGCUCGUGGAGAACCUUUCGCCCCCGGGCCUUAAGAGACGUGCUAUCUACGUCUAUGGAUCGCACAUAGGAGCAGGCCUUGCUGCUUCUCUGGCCCUCACUGAAUCAAAACCCCACCAUCCCUUUGCAGUUCGAGGUCUCAUAUCAUAUAAUGGCAUUUACAACUGGACCAUGUUCUUCCCUGAUCACCCAGCGAAUCGAAUGGUCGACCGAUUCGGAAAACGCAAAACUACAGGAAUCUACGCCAAGCCUAAGGAGGGCAGCUACAUGCACUAUCUCCGGCAGAACUUGCCGACGCUAUUCCAAUCCACAGCCGACAUGUUCGACGUCUUUGCUAGCCCAAGUCUCCUCUUUCAUAACCCAGGUCUAAGAAUCCCGUCGUCUUACCACAUGUCGGAAGAAGAAACGACGGCCAUAGAAGUCCUGACCAACCCAAACGCCGAGGUCGAUACACUGACAAAGAUGCCGCGCAAGUCAUACCUGGGGUUUCCGCCCCGCACAUCCAUGCUCAAGAUCCCCGAGACACUGCUGCUGUACGACACGCUUCCCGUGCUGCUGCCUACAAAGAGAAAGCGUGGCAGACCUUCAAGCGGAAGACAAUGGGGGAAUAGCCAUGAGCUGCAGGCCAAAGAACUAGCCGGGAUGAUGCAGCGGAGUAUUCUUUCCUAUGAGAUGAAGGCGCGAGGGCAUUGGGAUGAUGAUAUAGGUGCUUGGGAAAACGAGCCUAUUCGAAGGGUGAAGGUGAGACACGCUGGGGAAGAGAAAGUGUCGUUGGAGAUGGACCAGAAGGGAGUGGAGGCGGUAGAAGAGUGGUUGAUGGAGAGAACACCAUCGUAG